AUCACUUUUCAAAGGCAGGAAGCGUUGCAAGAGGCCUCCUCAAGAAGGCUAAUUUACUUUAGGAAUAGGAAGUGUAGUUGAGAUGCAUACAUCAAAAUAUGUAUAGUUUGUGACAGGAAAUUUACUAGAGUAAUUUCUUGUUAUGCAUGGGCUACUGUAAACAAUGGCUCGUUCAUUACAGUUUUUGUGGAAAGUGUGAAUGAAUCAGUUCAAUUAGCUACCGAGUGCUCUCCGCCCUUUUAUUAA